CACCCUGGUCGAAAAGUUGAUAUAGAUACAAACGCUAAAUUGUCCGGUGGUGAUAACUUAUUGAUUAUUUAUUUUUCAAGGCAGCUAUCCGAUUUGCAGGAUAACUCCGAAAACGAAUCAGAAACAGUGAAUCCAGAUGUCCAGCAUGGGUGAUCAGCGCGGGACACGGGUGUAUGUCGGCAAUCUGACCGACAAAGUGAAAAAGGAUGAUCUGGAGGGGGAGUUCACAAAGUAUGGCAAGCUGAAUUCGGUGUGGAUAGCCUUCAAUCCGCCGGGAUUUGCGUUCGUCGAGUUCGAGCACCGCGACGACGCCGAAAAGGCGUGCGACAUACUGAACGGAUCCGAGCUGCUCGGCUCCCAGCUGCGCGUGGAGAUCUCAAAAGGGCGGCCACGCCAGGGUAGGCGUGGCGGACCCAUGGACAGGGGCGGACGACGCGGCGACUUUGGCCGGCACAGCAUCACAAGCGGUGGUAGCGGCGGAGGCGGUUUCCGGCAGCGCGGAUCCAGCGGAUCCUCAAGCCGGCACACGGAGCGGGGCUAUAGCUCCGGCCGAUCAGGUGCAAGCAGCUAUAAUGGCAGAGAGGGCGGCGGCAGCGGCUUCAAUCGCCGCGAGGUUUACGGCGGUGGACGCGACAGCAGCCGCUACAGCAGCGGAAGUAGCGCCAGCUACGGACGCACUGGUGGUCAGUCGGCCGGACGCUUCAGGUCCCGCUCGCCGGUGGGAAACCAUCGAUUCUAAUGACAACACCACUCAUAGUUGCUUAAGGAUUGCCUAUGAGUAAAGAUUAAUAAAUAAUAACUUAAGCGCGACCGUAAAACGCAGACUCAAACAUUUAAAAUCGUAGCAUUCGAUCGUUUUCGAUCGUCCAACAGAUUCCCUCAUUCCCCCACAUCAACAACAACAACAGAAUGAUAAAAAAAAAAGAAAAAACAAAAAACUGAUAGUCGUCGUCUCUUCAUUAUUUAUUUAACGAAUACCCAUUAACAUGACAAUUGCAAGCACGUAAAAUUUAAGUUAUAACGUAGAAAACUAGUAAGAAAAAUACGCUAAGACUCGAACAACGUCAAACCAAAAUCUAGAAGUACGCAAUUUUAAUAAAGGAAAUGCGGAACAGUUUCUCGUAUACAUAAAAGCUUUCGCAAAAUAAUUGGUCUAAAACAUUAAAGAAUUUUGAGAACUCGGAAUUGUGUAGGUGUUCAUUUUUACAGAACCUCUUAUAACCAUCGUAAUAAACCCUACGAAAUGAAGCAGUCAGCAGUCCGAAACUGGUAAGAAAGCGUUUUCGAAAAUCUGCUUUGUUUUCUGAAUCUCGAAAACCUAAAAAGCAAUAACCGCCAAGUGUUUACAAACAAAUCAUUGACUUUACGUUUUGGUAAGAAAUAUUGCAUGUGUACUAUCCAUCGAUCUAACUUUUUACCUAUUAAGACAAAUACUAUACAAAUCUAUAACUUAUUGUAGUUGGGUCGAAACGGCAAAAAUCUAGCCAAUGCUGCAAGCAACUAUAUUAAGCGCAUCGGUUUUAAUGUUUAUGUUUUAUUUCAUUUAACUAAAUUAACAGGUCAUUUGUUGGAGUAUCUCUUAACGUCACUUUCAGAUUUAUUAGAUUGCUUAAAGUUCAAAACAUAGCUAAGCAAUACUUAUGAUAACGACGAUUAGUUAGUUAGCCCAAGGGGCUAUUAAAUAUUUAAACGAUGGACUGCAGAAACUUUUUAAACAAAUAAAAAGCGAGACAAAUAAAUGAGAAAUUGGUUAACACGGC